AUGUCUGACGAAGAAUUCAUCAUGGACGAUGCGGCCGACGAGGAUUACGACUUCGAAUACGAGGAGGACGACGAAGUCGAUGAUGCCGAUGCCGACAUCGAGAACCUCUACUUCAAUGCAAAAAGCAUCAAGGAGACAGAUCCGGACGGCGCGAUACGAGAGCUCAAGGCGGUGGUAGAAGCCGAGAAAGAGAAAGGCGAUUGGAGUUUCAAGGCGUUGAAACAGCAGACCAAGAUCUACUUCCACCGCGGACGUCACGCAGAAGCGCUCGAAACGUAUACAGAGCUGCUCUCGUACACCAAGAACGCGGUCACGCGCAACUACUCGGAAAAGUCCAUCAACAACAUCCUCGAUUACGUCUCGAAUGCUACAGAUGUGGGCCUUUCGACGAUGCAGUCCUUUUACGACGUCACCAAGUCAGCGCUCGAUCACGCCAAGAACGAGCGACUCUCAGUCAAGACGGAUCUCAAGCUAGCACGACUCUGGCUUGCUCGCAAAGAGUGGAAUCGAUUGGCGAAAUCACUGAAGGAGUUGCGGGCAUAUUGCACAAGUCAAGAUGGCACGGAUGACCAGUCCAAGGGCACCAUCCUGCUCGAGAUCUUUGCACUCGAAAUUCAAAUGUAUGGAGAAGUCGGCAACUUCAAGAAGCUGAAGGAGGUCUACAACUCCACCCUGCAAGUCAAGAGUGCCAUCCCACAUCCUCGUAUCAUGGGCGUCAUCCGUGAGUGUGGUGGCAAGAUGCACAUGUCGGAAAAGAACUGGGCAGCUGCACAGGUCGACUUCUUCCAAGCUUUCCUCAACUACGACGAGGCCGGAAGUACGCAGCGAAUUCAAGUGCUCAAGUACCUCGUUCUGGCACACAUGCUCAUGGGAAGCGAUAUCAAUCCUUUCGACUCGCAAGAGACCAAGCCAUAUAAGAACGACCCCGAAAUAGUGGCUAUGACCAAUCUCGUGGCAGCCUACCAACGCCGAGAGGUCCAUGAAGCCGAGAAAAUCCUACGCGAGAACAAGCGUACCAUCCUCGAAGACUCUUUCAUCAAAGCCUACAUUGACGACGUACUUCGAGGACUGCGCACGCAAUAUCUCAUCGAUACAAUCAAGCCUUACUCUCGCAUCCAGCUUGGCUACUUAGCACAACAGCUCAACAUCGGCGUCGACCAAGUCGAAGAUUUGCUCAUGUCGCUCAUCUUGGACGAGAGUAUCAAGGCACGGAUUGAUCAGGUGGGGCAGUACGUCGAACUUGAUCGCAGUGCAAACAGCUCGGGUAAGCCACGCUACCAGGCGCUCAAUAAGUGGAACUCGGAGCUGGAUCGCAUCGGCGCUUCGGUUCACAGCAAACAUGUAUCAGGCGCAGCUAGUGGAUCGGGCAACAUUGUUGGCGGCUCCUUCCUCCGCAUGGGACUUGGUCUGGGAGGUAUGCCGGCUGGGCUCGGCCCUUCCAUCAGAUGA